GGAAGGGGCCUUAUCACUGGCCUGCUGGAGUGGUUCUAGACUUUUCCAGAGUGUCUGGGCCGCCUCUGGUCCCUGAGACCCUUCGGCUCAGCAGACUUGUGGAAUUGUCUCCUAAGACACCGGCCUUCAGAGAAGGGUCCGGAGUGGGUCCCAGAGGGGGAGCUCAGACCCUGCUGGAGACAUAGCCCGGUCACACUGGUUUGGUACAGUCCCUUCGUGUACCCAUCAUCCCCAAGGGCCAGGCUCUGGCCUGAGUGGCUACAGAGCAGCGAUUCGGCCCUGCCUGCCUCUGGAGGGUGAGGCCAGGAGAAGCGGACCUGCCCAGGUCACUCGGUAGGGCCUGAGUGCCAGGCUCACCCACAGGAAUCCUGGGCCUGCUCGGUGGCCCCUCGGCAUCCCGAGUUCCUCCCUCAUCCGUGAUGCCCCGUGCGGGCUGUGUACCCUCCUUGCUUAGCCCCCGACAUGCACCCACCUGAACCCCCAGUGCUCAGCCCCCUCCGCCCUCCGCAGCCCCGCUCGCCCACCUCGCUCCGCUGCUUUCCACUCAUGAUUUUCUGUUUGUCUGCCUCUCCCUCUGCUGUCCUUGGGCCACUGCUUUGUGACCAGGAUGGUUUCUGAGACUGAACGCUGUGGGUGGAGCGAGGGAGCAGCCACAGGCAGGGCAGGACGGUCGGGAAAAGGGCCGUCAGCCCCCACACCCCGUGAGCUGUGCUCUCCCCCUGCACCCUCACCCGCUUCCACAGUGUGAUAGAGAGGUGGGGUGCAGGACGAACACCAGGGCCUCUGUUCCUGUCACCGUCCAGGCUCUGCCCCAGCCAAGGGCAGACCCAGAAAUAAGACGGGGUCUCUGCCUCAGGAUUCUCGCCAAGUGUAGGAGCCGGAGCCACGGGCUCUUAAUGCUGGCUGCCACUACUGGUGAAGUUGGCUGCGCCCCCGCACGUGAUGGGGUGGCAGCAGGCGCUAGAACAGCCAAGUGACAGACAGGGCGGACACCUGCUAGAUCAGCAGAGGGACCUGCUGGGGCCACACAGACCUGCAUGGGCUGGUCCUGGACACAUACCUCCCUUUGGGAAGCUGAAGGACCUUUCAGGGGGUCCCCAUGUACCUCCCACUCAGCCAGGCCUGCUUGAACGAGUGCCCACCCAGAGGGGAGAGGCAGGUCUGGAGUCCUGUCUGUUUUCUUAACUCUGCUCCUGUGUCGCUUUCCCUCCCCGGAACCCCUCUGCCUGCUCCUGUCUCCUCCGGCUUCUGCUGGUGGAAAAGCUCCAGUCUCUGCCAAGCUAACGAUCUGCCCCUGUACGAAGCUUACUGGAGGCUCGACACAGACGCUGCUGAUGGCCUCGUGGCCCCGCUGCGGGCCUCCCCAGAGCCCAGUGCUGGCCCCCUGCAGGCUGCCACUGCCCACUCCCACGCUAGCGGGCCUGGCCCCACAGAGCGUGCCUGCGCCUCUCCGCUCUCUCCACCAGCCCCUGGGAUCUUAGGAACAAAGUCUGGCGCCCUGCUCGGCCUUGGCUUCUGCUGGGGAGCUGCUGUGGCCUCCUUGGGAACCCCGUCGGCCCAGAGACAGCUCACCCAGGAGUGUGGAGGGAGAGUAGUUCCCCCCAUUUCCAGAGUGGCCCACUCUUCCUGGAGUCGCCUGCAUUCACUACCUUCCGGGCUGCUGGGUGGAAGGAAGUCUAACAGCAGGCAGACAGGAUGCUGGGACCCGAGCCUGCUGUUUAAAGUGGAGAGGGGGCUCUGCAUGGACAGCCCUGGCCAAGUCCACACCAGACCCCCUGUGCAGCCACCAUGCCGCCUUGCCCCGAGAGUCCCUGCAGAGCUGGGGGUGAGGGUGCUGUGGUUCACCAGAGCCCGUGGCAGGGCCUUCCUGGUUCUGCAGCACACGUUCUGGUGGUUCAUCUUUUGGGCCAGACUGCUGAAUAAAAACAGCACUGCCUGUGGGGGGAAGGGGGAGAAUUAA